UCUGGACGCAUACGGACCUCAGCAAAUAUGGUCCGAAGGCACUUAGUCCCAUGGAUUCUAAAUCCUCAAUCGGUAAUGGACACCUCAACUGAACCUUCAGGACCUGUGCAACAAGACGGAUCAUUAGCCCCCAUGGAGUCCAGUGAAAGGCCAAAACAUUUUUAUUGCUGGGCUCUGGUCUUAACUGCAAUCCUCUGCUGUCUACUUGUCAUUACAUCUAUAGUGCUGGGAGUCCUCUAUGACAAGGAAUCCAAGAAAAAAACCAACCCUGAGCUGGACAGUUUGCUGGAUGAAUACCAUAAAGUGAGUGCCCUCUACCAAAGAGCUUCUGAGGCCAAUGCUCAACUGCAAAGAGAGAACACAGAACUGGCCCAAAGCAACACUAGUCUUCAUGUUCAGAACGAGCACCUCAUCCACAACAACACGCAACUCAUGGAGCAAAAUGACAACCUCACCCUAGUAAACACAAAACAACGCUGGGAGAUCUGGAACCUCACCAACAGCAGUGGUCAACUACGUGACAAGGUGUCCAAUCUCACGACGUACACUCAACAGCUGCAGGGGCAGAACCUGAAUAUGUCACACACUGUCACUCUACUGCAACAACAGAACAGAAACUUGACAGAAUCAAACAGGCAACUGCAGAGGGAUAACCAGGACCUGUCUGAUGCUAACGUCCUUCUGAGGAGUGACAUUGAGCAAGAGGCUGAGAAUAACACUCGACUAUGGCUGGAGACUGAGAGAUUGACGGGGCAGAACAGCAGGCUUCAGGAAGAGAACCACAACCUGACCCAGGAAAACAUACAACUCAAGUGGGUGAAUCGCAACAUUUCUGAUGCAAACAGCUUCCUGAGGGGCUGUUGUGAGACUGCAAAAGAGAAGAACACGCAGCUGCAGGAGGAGAACCAGAAUCUGCUGGAAGAGAACACCUGGUUGAAGCACCAGAAUCAGAAUUUAACCCGCCAAAAUACAUGGCAGGAAAUGCAGGGUCAGGCCCUCAUGAGUGACAAUGCCAGGCUGAGGUUGAAGAAUGCAAACCUGUUGGAUGACACAUUCAGGCUUUACCAGAACUACAUGUCUCUGGAUCAGUACUGCCCUGUUGUGAAUGAAGAGUCUCAGGAACGACUUUGUAGGACAUGUAAUGGCAGCUGGAUCGUUUUCCAGUCCAAGUGUUACUUCUUUUCUGGUGACAGGAAAACCUGGCAUGAGAGCCGAUCAAAAUGCCAGUCUGAAGGGGCAGACUUACUCAUUGUCAAUAGUGUGGAGGAGCAGAAGUUUGCAUUUAGGACAAGUCUCUCCAUCAAUCAAGUGGGCACCAGGGUUUGGAUCGGAUUGAGUGAUGAACAGAGAGAAGGAGAGUGGCGCUGGGUGGACGGCAGUCCUGUCACUCAAGAUUUGCAGUUCUGGCUUAAUCGGACUAAUGAAAUGGAUGAGCCUGAUGACUGGAAGGCAAUUAACUCUCUGGGUGAAGACUGUGGACAUCUAGACACUAGCACUUAUGAACUAAACUCCUGGAUGGAUGGACCAUGUGAGACAGCCUAUAGCGCAAUCUGUGAGAAAAGUGUUUAAACUAACAGAAGCUGAUAGAGUUCUGAUCUUUUGCUUUUUCUGAUAGCAUUUUAAAAUCCAAAUAUGCUUCAACAAAGUUGAAUUAAGAAUAGGUCUAGGCUAAUCCUUUUAUUCCUCCACGUUUCAUUCCUUAAUAGCCAAGGAUUUGCCCAAUGAUCUAUAUAUUGAGCUUGCAAUUAGCAUGAUUCUGCAAGCAGACUAUUUUUUGUGUCAAAUCACAAUAAAAGUGAUAUGAGACAUGGAUGGUAGGGGUGUCUAUUACAAUAUAAACAGUAAGCAUUUAAUUAGUAUUUCCAAAAUGUUAACAUUUCCAUGAAGCUUCUCUUUUUAAUUUCUUUUCAUUUUGAAGGCUGUGUUCACUCAAUGGCAUGAUUUAAUUUUAUAUAUAUAUAUAUAUGUGAUCAAAUGCUACAUAAUGAACAUCAGCCAUAGGAUUGUGUUGAUCAGUUAAAUUCAAUGCAUGUUCUUUUUUCUUAAUUUAAUUGGUGUACCAUAUUUUUUACAUUCUAUAUUGGAUUGCGAGGGUGUAUUGUGGGAACUGCAGUUUCAAUAAAGCUUGUGGAAAUUUCA